CGUUUUUUUUUGAUAUGGCAGCACUUUUACAAAUAUCUUCUUUUAAUAAUUUUCGCUGGAACAGAAUUUCGUGCAACGUGGUUUACUUUCUAGAUUUCUUGGAUAAUAAUUAGAAGAGUAUGUUUAAAAUUGUACAAGUAGUGGGCACGCCAAGAUUUUGCAUUCUAUUUCCCGGCUUCAAACACCAACUCCUCCAGAGCAAUCAGCGCCACAUUGCCGUACUUACAUCACAAUCCCACUUUGCUGAUGGUAGUCAUGACAUAGGGACAAAACAGGCGGACGUAUUAGAAAAACUUCAGCCGGGAGUAGAAAACUUCUUUGCCGUACGAAACAAGACUACCAGCACUCUUUACAGAAGCGGGGUACCACAUGAGAACUGUCGCCGCUAUGCAACAUUGGCUACUAAAAUGAAGAAGGAGAAGCAGUUGAAUGCUCCUGCCGUAACUGGAAAAAAAGAAUUGAAUCCCUGGCCGGCAUAUAUUGAGGAACGUAAUGUACUUUGGGAAAAAUUGAAGUCUGAACGGGAGGCGGAGUUGGCGGCUAAGCCCCGUACCCCCAUUAAAGUAACGCUUCCCGAUGGCAAGCAAGUGGAUGCCACUUCUUGGGAGACCACUCCUUAUGACGUAGCGAAAGGCAUUAGCCAGGGUUUAGCGGACAAUACUGUUAUAGCGAAAGUUGAUGGUGCAGUUUGGGAUUUGGACCGUCCGCUUGAACAAUCUUGCAAUUUGGAAUUACUUAAGUUUGAUGAUCCUGAAGGACAAGCAGUGUUUUGGCAUAGUUCAGCGCAUAUCAUGGGGGAAGCAAUGGAACGCAUAUAUGGCGGACACUUGUGUUAUGGGCCGCCAAUCGAUAAUGGCUUUUACUAUGAUAUGCAUUUAGAAGGAGAAGGUGUAUCUACAAAUGAUUACCCUGUUAUAGAAGGUGUUGUCAAAAAGAUUGUGAAGGAAAAGCAGCCAUUCGAACGUUUGGAAGUGAAGAAAGCUGAUUUAUUGGAAAUGUUUAAGUACAAUGAAUUCAAGUUGCGAAUUUUGAAUAGUAAAGUCAAUACUGAGACAACUACUGUGUACAAAUGUGGUCCAUUCAUUGAUCUGUGUCGUGGUCCUCAUGUGCGCCACACCGGCAAGGUUAAGGCAAUUAAAAUCACAAAGAAUUCGUCAACCUACUGGGAGGGCAAAGCUGAUGCCGAGACAUUGCAACGAAUUUAUGGAAUUUCCUUUCCGGACAGCAAGCAAUUAAAGGAAUGGGAGAAAAUUCAAGAGGAAGCAGCAAAACGGGACCAUCGUAAAAUUGGUCGGGAGCAAGAGUUGUUUUUCUUCCAUGAAUUGUCCCCUGGCUCGUGCUUUUUUCAACCACGCGGUGCGCACAUCUAUAACACAUUGAUGACUUUUAUAAAGGCAGAGUACAGAAAGCGGGGUUUCCAGGAAGUCAUAUCACCAAAUAUAUUUAACUCAAAACUCUGGAUGACAUCUGGCCAUUGGCAGCAUUAUGCAGAAAACAUGUUCUCUUUUGAAGUAGAAAAAGAAAAAUUUGCCCUAAAACCAAUGAAUUGUCCGGGACAUUGCCUGAUUUUUGACAACCGCAAUCGAUCGUGGCGAGAGCUACCUCUCCGUCUGGCUGAUUUUGGCGUAUUGCAUCGGAAUGAGCUGUCGGGUGCACUCACUGGCCUUACUCGUGUACGGCGUUUCCAACAAGAUGAUGCACACAUUUUCUGUGCUCCCGAUCAUAUUAAGAGCGAAAUGAAAGGUUGCUUGGAUUUCAUACAUUACGUAUACUCCGUUUUCGGUUUCUCGUUUGACCUCGUUCUUUCCACACGCCCCGAAAAGUACCUUGGUGAAUUGGACCAAUGGAACACUGCCGAAAAGGCACUCGCCGAGGCCCUGGACGAAUUUGGACAGCCUUGGAAAGAAAAUCAUGGUGAUGGGGCUUUCUAUGGCCCAAAGAUUGAUAUUACGAUUAUGGAUGCACUAAAACGUGCUCAUCAAACCGCAACUAUCCAAUUAGAUUUCCAAUUGCCAGAGCGAUUUAAUUUAAAUUAUAUCGCAGAUGAUGGUGAAAAGAAACGGCCGGUUAUAAUACAUCGUGCCAUUCUUGGUUCUGUGGAGCGUAUGAUUGCUAUUCUUACAGAGAAUUAUGCCGGCAAAUGGCCAUUCUGGUUGUCGCCACGUCAAGUAAUGGUUGUACCUGUCGGUCCUCAGUACGAUGAAUAUGCACACUCCGUACGUAAUCAACUAUACGAAAAAGGAUUUAUGGCGGAAACUGAUACGGAUGCUGGAGAUACCUUGAAUAAGAAGAUUCGUAAUGCUCAGCUCGCUCAAUUUAAUUUUAUUUUGGUGGUGGGCGAGAAGGAGCGCUCCUCGAACACUGUUAAUGUGCGUACACGUGACAACAAGGUGCACGGGGAAGUAUCAAUCGCAGAUUUGAUAACUAAGUUAAAUAAGUUGCGCGAUGAAUUCAUUACAAAUGAAGAUAGCUUCUAGACUUGAUAAAGACGACUCUAAGUAUUUAUUUUUCUUUUAUUUAAAAUAUCUGCGAAAAGUAAAAGAUGAAAUGCUUCGCCGCAGUGCUUAAAAAAUUAUAUAAUCAUACGGCUUUCUCAAAACACUUAAUAAAGAUCUUUGAAAAAUUGCAAGCAA